UAAAAAUUACAGGCAACAACUCAGAGCUGAGACUAUCUCCGACCGACCGGCAACUGCCGCUCUUCUGCCACUCAUACUUGCCGCCGUUGAAGGUAAGCUUCCCUCAGAAUACCAUGGAUUCGCAAAGCCAGAAUACUUCAUUGCAGCGGCUGCAAAAUGUUGAGAAGAGGAUAGUCAGAGUUCUGGAGCUAGCAGGAGGUGUAAUGGAUGAAAUGGCAAAUCCGAGCGGCCCCAGGAAGGAGCUUAUUAACAACCAUUGCAGUGAGUUCAUGCAACUAAUCAAGGACAUCCAAGUCACACUGCGAGAAGAAAUCAAAAGUGCAUGUGAAUAUCGUCCUUUUGAGAAGUGUGACUAUGUACCAAGAAUAUCAAACGAGAUCUGUUGCAAGAAACUCGAGUAUGUCAUUUCUCAGUUCGACAAUAUGAAACAAACAAUUGAGGGAUAUCAUGCUGCAGCAUUAGACCAUAUGGCCCUUGAUUAGUAGGUAAUAUACUCAGUGUUGCUUCUUGUUCAUGUGGAAACAUAAAUAUCUACGACAGCAACUACUACACCUCAACUCCAUGCAAGUUGUAGCCGGCUAAUCUGCCAAAGUUUAUUUAUUUAAAGCGUUUAAAUCAAUACCUCAGGAUGACCACUUUUGUGUGAAUAAGUUUGCCGCUGGAUCUCUAC